AUGAACAAUAUUUAGUAAGCAGGCUAUUACUACUACAGGAAGUCAACAAUACUCUUCUUUACUAAUAAUGGAGAAAAAGAAUACAAUAAUUUAAUAAAGAAACAACAAUACCUAGCCUGGGUAGAUUUGCCUUAGCAUCAAAAAAAUUUAUUUGAAUCAGUAGCUCUGUUUUGUAGCAAAAAUUAAAUAGUUUAAUUUGAUAAAUAUACUAAAAGACCAUUGAAACCAUAGACUCCUCUGUUUUUAUAUUUUAGAGUUGUAGAAGAAAAAUUAAAGAAAGAUUAUCCUAAGCUCAAGCAAUCAUAAAUUUUCUAAAUUGCUGAGAAAAAAUGGAAAAAUGAGCUAAUUUUUAGAAUAAAGGAGUAGUUUAUUAAAAUACACUAAAUACUUGAGCUUUGCUAUUAUAACGAUAUCACAGAGUAUAAAAAGGCAAAUAUCGAAUUAGAAAACAGCCAUUAUGAGAAAAAGGUAGCUCAAAAAGAAUAAAAAUCCUUACCUUUACUUAAAAAAAACACUUUAACUAGACAGUGUGCAGCUUAUUAUAAUUAGAAUUAAAGUAAAAAUCAUCUAUAGUAAAUACCUAAUAAUCUUAAUUUCACUAGUACCCAACAAUAUCAAGUAAUAUAUUGA